UCCAAAAUAGAGCGAAAGAAGUCCCAGAUUUCCCCUCCCUGGCGUGUUCCUGCGCGGUACAAUGUUGCUUUAAAUUGUAUCCCAGUCGAGUUCCACGUGAUUGAGGCGAAGAGUUUGAUACAAAGUGACCUGUAGUUGAAAUUGACUCGAGUGAAUUCGCAGCUUGUAACUUUCGCUCAUUCAGCCUGCGUUUCCCCUGCUCUGGAUAAACAACUAUCGCGAUCUUUUAUUUUCGUUUUAUUUUUAAAAAAAAGUGUUAGAAUUUUUUUUUGUCAGAAUGCCGGAACAGAUCAGCAUCUCCGAGUUUGUGAGUGAAACUUUGGAGGACAUCAACUCGCCGAUCACCUCCAACUUUACCUCGAAAAUGAUGAGCUGCAGGAACACGGUAGCUGCGCUGGAAGAGUCACUGGAAGCAGAUCAGGCUAUCCUACUGAAGAUGAAGAAGUUGAUUAAAGCUAUUCACUCCUCUGGACUCUCACAUGUGGAGAAUAAGGAGCAGUACUUUGAAGUUCUGGAGAGCUUCGGGAACCACCACCUGUCUCAAAAUAAGAAUGAGUUGUCCAUGGGUUUCCUGAACCUUGGUGUUUUCACACGUGAAGUUACAGCACUCUUUAAAAACCUGACUCAAAACAUGAACAACAUCCUUUCUUUUCCAUUGGACAGUCUGCUAAAAGGCGAUUUGAAGGAAGGAAAAGGGGACCCAAAGAAACUCAUUGAAAAAGCUUGGAAAGACUAUGAAACCAAAGUUAAUAAAAUUGAAAAGGAAAAGAAAGACCGUGCCAAGCAAUUUGGAUUGAGUCGUUCAGAAAUCAAUGCAGCUGAACUCGCGGAUGAUCUGGACAAAGAGCGAAAGAUGUUCCAACUCCAAAUGUGUGAGUAUCUUCUCAAGGUGAACGAAAUAAAGAUUCGAGAAGGCCCUGACCUACUCCAGAGCCUCAUCAAGUACUUCCAUGCUCAGCAAAAUUUUUUCCAGGAUGGUCUUAAGGCAGCUGAAAGCUUGUCACCUUUUGUGGAAAAAUUAGCUGCGAUUGUACACUCUCUGAAACAAGCACAAGAUGAAGAGAUGAAACAGCUGACCCAGAUCAGGGACUCCCUGAGAUCAGUACUCCAAGUGGAUCACAAAGAGGAUGGUUUGAACAGGAAAAAUUCAGGCUACAGCAUACACCCACUCCCAGGGAACCGUCUAUAUGGCACAGAAAAAUCUGGUUUUCUGAACAAAAAGAGUGAUGGCAUCCGAAGAGUGUGGCAGAAGAGGAAGUGUGGAGUUAAAUAUGGCUACCUCACCAUAUCGCACAGUACUAUCAACAGGCCUCCAGCCAUACUCAAGCUGCUGACUUGCCAAGUGAAACCAAAUCUUGAAGAAAAAAGAUGUUUUGAUCUUAUAACCCAUAAUCGAACAUACCACUUCCAAGCUGAGGAUGAGCAGGAAUGUCAAGCAUGGGUUUCUGUGUUACAGAACAGCAAGGAAGAGGCACUCAACAAUGCCUUUAAAGGAGACAAUGGCAAUGGCAGCAAUGACACUGUACAGGAACUGACCAAGUCAAUCAUUGCUGAGGUCAAAGGCAUGCCAGGAAAUGAGGUGUGCUGCGACUGUGGUGCUGCAGAUCCUACUUGGCUCUCUACCAAUCUGGGCAUUGUGAUCUGUAUUGAAUGUUCUGGGAUUCAUCGCGAAUUGGGUGUCCACUAUUCCAGGAUACAGUCGCUCAUGCUGGAUGUCCUAAGCACAUCUGAACUCUUGCUUGCUAGUAAUAUCGGAAACACGAGGCUGAAUGAGAUUUUUGAGGCAAACUUGUCAGCUCAGUGUGGAGUAAAACCCACUUCGACCAGUGACAUGAACUCUCGAAAGGAAUUUAUUACUGCAAAGUACGUGGAGCACAAAUACACAAAGAAAGGCGUUUGCGAAGGUGGAUGGAGGCUGUUUGAGGCCAUCCGGAACAAGGAUCUCCUGGCUCUGCUGCAGAUGUACACCGAGGGUGUGGAUUUCAGUGCACCACUCACCCUGCCAGAUGGACAGGACCUUGGGGAAACACUGUUGCACCUUGCUGUGCGGUUGGCAGACAGAACAUCGCUGUCUUUGGUUGACUUUCUCAUCCAGAAUGGGGGUGGCCUGGAUGUGAAGACGGCAGAGGGGAACACCCCACUUCACUACUGCAGCCUGUACAACAAAACUGAGAGCCUGAAAUUGUUACUGAAGGCAAAGGCCAGCAUGCAGAUCGGUAAUGCGGCUGGAGAAACUGCCUUCGACAUUGCAAAGAAGUUCAACCAUUCCCGCUGCGAGGAACUGCUUGACCAAGCAUUGUCCGGGAAGUUUAACCCUCCUGUUCACGUGGAGUAUGACUGGGUGGUGCAACAAGACUUUUCUUACGACAGUGAGGAUGAUUUGGAGGAAAAGGUGACGUAUCCUGGUCUCGUCUUCCCUCUCUUGUUCCCUCUCCUUCCCCUUCGAUCCGUAGAAUUCAGUCUCCAAGAUGCACUGGUAGAACCUUAGCUGGUAUACUGGGUGCAAGUCUGUGUCUCAGUCCCCUUUUCUUUUUAAGAAACCACUUCAAAAAACUUGGAGAGGGGCCAGAACAAGAGGCCAGGCUGGAGAGUGGGCUCAGUAGAACAGUCCUGGUUGGGAAGAAAGUUGAUCGCGAUGUUUAAAAUCAAGGAGGGCUUUGACAGAGGGAGAAACUGCAAAGAUUAGACGACACAGAUCAAAGGUGAUUGGCAGAAAAAUAAAGGCAAACAGGAUAAAAACGAGUUACGCAGAGAGUUAUUAUGAUUUGGGAUUUGCUGCCUGAAAUGACAGAAAAUGAUUGUAACUUUGAAAAAGGGCUUGGAGUGAAGGGGAAGACUUUUUCGGGCUCUAAGGGAAAUGUUAGGGAACUGGGCCAAAAUGAUAAAGAACCAGGACAGGCUCAAUGGGAAAAAUUGGAUCCUCCCAUGUCUUCUUCAAUGAUGCCCAGAUUGCAGAAAAUGGGAAAGAGAAGGCGGCUCCAAAGUGUUUUAUCUGGAUGAUGUGCUGGACAGCACAGAGCAGUCAAGAAUGAUCCAGUAGCAUUCCCUUGUGCUGCGUUCCCUGAACUCGGUAUUUCAGUCGACCUGGGUGUAGAAAAACACAGAACGAUGCCUUAUCACACAGUGGGUAGUAUUCAGGGCGGCACAGUGGCACAGGGGUUAGCAUUGCUGCCUCACAGCACCAGGGACCCAGGUUUGAUUCCA